AUGCCGUCGACCGGGUCUUUGCGCACCGUGCGAUCCCGGUAUCCGCCACCACCUUGUGUCGAGGAGGAGCCAACCUCGCUUGCUCGAGAAUUACACGGCCUCUCGAACUUGAGUGAAAAGCCCGGCGUCGAGGGCGCUCGCCAGAGAGGCACUGUUGACCAGUACCCGGUCAUUAUGACUCCGAAUACCUCUCAACCCGAGGCUCCUCCGAGUGUCAAUAACGUGCCCGGGAUGGGUAACUUUUCUUCGGACGACAGCAGUGGGCCGUCCACACCACCUCCAAGAAUGACAGAGCCUAGUGGGCGUCCAAGAGCUGGAUCUCAAGCGACUGUCCGCCCAGGACCUCCGCCGCCAUCUGUGUCGUCCUCUUCGAGCAGGCCUCGAGAACGACCAUUCCCAUCGGUCCAGUCACAGUCGACUCGUGAGACGGUCACCUCCCGACAGCCUCGUCCACGGUCCCUGGCACGGGAUGAUGAUAUGCCUGUUCGAGGUCGCGGUCGAUCCUCCUCGGAGGCAUACGCGCCACAGCCUAUGUACCCUCCACAACCUAUGCGCGAGAUGAGAACACUUCGUCAUUCUCGUCCACCAUCAGUCACACGAGACGAGAACCGCAGAGGCCGUGAUCGAUCAUCGGUGGAAAUUUCCCAGCAGCCUAUGCGUGAAACCCGACCACCUCGCCAGUCUCGUCCGCCUUCGCCUGUACUCGAUCAUUCGAGCAGGUCCAGUGGUCGACUACAGCCACCGCAGGUCUACCAACAACCUCCCCGUGAGGUUCUUGUUCCGCCGCCACAGCCGCGUCCAUCUUCGCAUUCACCGCAACGUAGCGAUCCUAUCAGACAUGAGGUACCGGUGCAACAUGAGGCACCCGUGCAUAUUAUCCCUCAUAGCUCAUAUGGCAUGCGCUCGUCGCGAUCUCGCUCUCGGGGUCCCGGCUAUGAUAGAACCUACGGAGAGGCCCUAAAGUCAUCCAUCGGCCGGUCAAACAGCGCCAAAUAUGUUAAUUCUCGACCUGUGCGACCCCAGCCACGACAGGAGUCACCACCUGGCUAUCAAUCAGAUACGGCGACUGCUCGACCCCGGCCAGCCUCCUAUGCACCUGCCUCUAUUGCGCCAGGAAAGGCACCGGUUGGAAACGCUGCACCCGGCCGAACACUUGCCGAGAGGAUUGAAGAGAAGCUGCGUCAACGCCAGGAGCUCCGCGAGUCGGCAUCCGUAUCUGAUACCGAGACACAGCCGAAUGAGAAGUUGAGACCUAUCAAUACGACCUUGCAGCCAUCAGUUCCGGCGUCAGCACCUCGUUCGCCUUCAAAGGAGCUCCGUGGCAUCCUGAGCAACCGGUCCCGUGAGCCACCGAUAAACCCACGCACCUCAGCGCCCAGCAUCGUGCCAUCGAUUCCAUCAUCCCUGGCCCGAUCGAAAUCCAAGACCCGUGGCCACUCCAGAUCCAUCUCAUCUGACGAUAGGCCAUCACGCCCUGCAACCUCUGUCAAAUUCCAAGACCAGCCCGGAGACAGGCAGAGUCCACCCAGAGCCCCGGCCACCAAACAAACCAAUCUCGCACAGCGGCCCUCCAACCCUUCUGGAUUAUGCAUCACCCCGUGCCCUCGGUCUAUCCCUGUGGCCGGCCUCAAUGACUGGUACACUCUCAAGGGUCUGACACACCUCGACAUCUGCCCCAGCUGCAUGAAGCAAAUCGGACACUCGCGCUUCCGCGACUUCUUCAUCCCCAGCCUGGCCAAACCCCCAACCCAGAAAACCCGCUGCGCCUUGAGCAGCCCCUGGGCCCGACUCGCCUGGACCCAGAUGAUCAAGCAGCAACACGAAAGCCUCGAAAUGCUAUACCAGAUGACCCGCCCACCCCCAGGAACCCGGCCCUGCCCCGGCCGCGCCGCCUCCGAACAAUCCUGGUACCGCAUCGUCAACCCAGACACAGGCUCCUACCUCCCCAGCUUCCACGUCUGCGGUAGCUGCGCGCGCAACGUCCGCGUCCUCAUGCCCGCACACCGGGAUACCUUCCAGCAAUGCCCAGAAGUCCAAGAACGCGCCUGCGACCUCGUCACAAGCAGCCCCCGCUUCGUCAAAUACAUCGACCUCCUCGACGACGCCGCAUCCCGCGCAGACUCAGACCCUUCACGCCGUCCCGACCCACGCGAGUUUCUCGCCUAUGCAAAGCGCAAGGUCGUCCUGCGCGAUUGUCUCCGCGACAGACCCGUCCUCAGCAGUUGGCACUACAUGCCCGAACUACCUGAACUAAGCGUCUGCGAAGACUGCUAUGACGAAGUCGUCUGGCCACUGGCGAAAUCACACCAUCCCCUCGCGCGCUCCUUUUCAACUUCCAUGCGGUAUUUACCUGGUGAUGGGCCGAACCGCUGCCGCGAGGCGAGUUGUCAGUUAUACUCUGGUCGUAUGCGGGCUCGUUUCAGGGAUGCGGUUGUUAAGGAUGAUUUCCCUGGUUUGAGGGAUUUUGCGUUGCGGAGGUUUGAGGCUGAGAGACGGUUCCGGGAUCGGAGGGAUGAGUUGCUUGUUGCUGAGGGGAAGGGGUAUGAUUGUGAUGUUGAGAUGAAGAAGGCCGUUGAGGAGUGGAGGAAAUGGGAGUGA